AUGGCUCAACAGUUUGAUGGGUUGUUGAUGCAGGAAGAAGGGUGGCCUUUGGGAUUGAGAUUCGUGAAUUCAAGAAUUAGGUUGUUGAGAAAUGGUUCUGGGUCAGUCUCAUUCAGCACUGUGCUUACUGAUUCUCACACCCCUUCAACUGAUUCUUCCUCAGAUCUUGACACACAGUCCACUGGAUCAUUCUUCCAUGACAAAAGCAUUACUCUUGGUAACCUCAUUGGUAUUUCUAGCUUCCUAGAACUCUCAAGGAGAUCAACAAGGGGAAGAAUGGUAGAAUCCUCAAGGGACAACAAAAAGAUUCACAAGCUGAAGCCUUGGCUGUUUUCGCUGUGUUCAAGGUUAAGUACUGAUGCAGUGAGUGGGAAUAAUGCUCCCUCUCUUGGUCACUACCUUGAAGCUGAGAGAAGAAUUGCAAGCACAUACAGAAGGAAUCAGUGUCCUACCACAUAUGGAUCUAAUGGUUUCUCCCUUAUUCGAGACUCAAACUCACCAUUAGUUGGGAGCCAUGAAAUGGAGCAUAGUGAUGGAUAUGUAGCACCAACAGUUUUCCCUCGUUUGAGUGGAUAA